AAUUUAACCAAACACAAAACUCAAAACUCCAAACAACACACAAAUCACAAUCCCAAUCCCAAACACUCUCUUCUUCUUCUUCUCUCUUUUCUCUUCUCUUUCUUCCUCUGUUACUGUUUUCAUGGAAGACAACGAAACCCAAAUCGCCAUUAGAAACACCGCCCAUCAAAAAUCCCAGAUGGGCAAUGCCACCAUAAACAACUCUCUAUCCCAUUUGGACCGGCGCAGGAGCCGGAGAAAGUCCAGGGAGUUUCUCAAGAUUCACCGGGAAAAUGUGAAGAGGAGGAGUACCGGUACUGAUACUGCUACUGGUUCUGGUACUGGUUCUGGUUAUGGCUCCACUACCAGUACUAGUAGUUGUGUCUCCGGUGGCGCCGUCGACGCCGGAGAAGGUGAUGAAGAGAGUGAGAAAGAAGAAGUGGAGAGGAAGAUUAAGGCAUUACAGAGGAUUGUCCCCGGAGGUGAGUCGCUUGGUGUAGACAAACUGUUUGAUGAAACUGCUGGGUAUAUAUUGGCCUUGCAGUGUCAGCUCAAGGCCAUGAGAACUCUUGCUGCCUUUGUUGAAGGUUUGGAGAAGAGAAAGUUUGGAGGUUGAUUUGAUUAUUAUUAUUAGUAUUAUCAUAAUCAAUCGGUAUUAAUAUUGGCUUUUUUCUAGGAGCUUUUAUUUGGUUCAAAUCAUGGACCAAAUUGAAUUUUCUUUUCUUUUCUUUUGUUUGGGAGAACAAGAUUUCCCAACUUAUUUUCUUUCUUUGUAAUGUUUAUUAUUCUGAUAUGGAAAUGGAAUCAAUAGGAACAAGGGCUGGUUAGUACUAA